AUGUUAAAAGAUGAAAUUCGUAAGAAGGAAGAAGAUGAAGCAGCAAAAGCUCAUGAACAUUUAAUGAAAUCAUCGGAUAAGAAUGAUGAAGAAAAUGAUCAUGAGAAACUUGUUGAAAAAGCACUCGAUGAAAAAGUGGAAAAAGAAGGAAUAUCCGAAAAUUCAACCGAUUCAGACGAAAAAAUUGAACAAUUAAAAGAAGAAAAAGAAGAAAACGAUGAAAAAGAUGAAAAACCAAAUGAUGAUUUAAAUGGAUCAACAGUUGAAAUUGUUCAACCAGCUGAUUUAAAACCAAAACAUCUUGGUUUUACUCGAACAUUGUUAUUAGCUAUGUUUGCUGCAAUGAUUGGUACCGGCGCUCAAUUUGGUUAUGCAUUAGGUGUUAUGAAUGCUCCAUCAGAGUUAAUCAAAAAUUACACUCAACAAAUUUAUUUAAAACGCUAUAAUUCAACAAUCAGUGAAUAUAAGCAAGAUAUUUUAUAUUCAACAGCUAUUUCUGUUGUAGCAUUGGGAGGAGUUUUAGGUGGUCUUUUAGCUACACCACUGAGUGAUCGAUUUGGACGGAAAACUGGUUUACUUCUAAAUAAUAUUCCAGCUGUAAUUGGUUCUGUGUUGAUGGUACUUAGUAAAUUUAUAGGUUCAUUUGAAGCAUUUAUCGUAGGUCGAAUUCUAAUUGGAUUUGCUGCUGGUUUUGGCACAAAUGUGGGUCCAAUAUAUAUCAAUGAAAUAGCUCCAAUACGUGUACGUGGUUCAUUCGGUGCUUGCUUUCAAUUGUUUGUAGCUAUGGCUGUAUUAUUAGCUCAAGUACUUGGUUUAGAUAUUCUCUUAGGUCGUGAACAUUUAUGGCAUUAUCUAUUUGCUGUACCUAUUAUCUUCAGUAUACUUCAAUGUACUUUAUUGGUAUUUACACAUGAAACACCGAAAUUUCUUUUACAAAGAAAACGUCGUCGAGCAGCUGAACGAGCAUUAAAAUGGUUUCGUUGUGAAACAAAUUCUGAAGUUGUACAAGCAGAAAUUCAUGAAAUGGAAGCAGAUUUUAAUAAUCUUCAAACUAAUUCUACAAAAAUAGCUAUUCGUGAUUUAUUUACAAAACCACUUCUUCGUAAAUGUAUUCUUAUUUCGGCUAUGACUCAUGUUGCUCAACAUUUUACUGGUUGUUAUGUUAUCUUUUUCUUUGGAGAUAUACUUCUUUUCCAUGCACAUCUACGAAUGGAUUAUGCUUCAUAUGCAAUGCUUUCAUGUGGUAUUACAUAUUUAGCUGUAGCAAUAUCAUUAGUAUUCAUUCUUGAUAAAGUUGGACGACGAUCACUUUUUCUAUAUGGUUUAAUUGGUAUGGCAGCAGCAACAUGUGUAAUUGGUGUUACUAUUCUUAAAUCAAGAAAUAUUCCUCUCUUCCACAUGAUCUUUUUGGAAAUAUUCGCUAUGAUGGCAAAUGUCGGGUUCUGUGCAAUGGGCCCAGGAGCUAUACCUUGGAUGUUGUCAACAGAAAUGUUCUUUCAAUCAGAACGAGCUUAUGCAUCAGCUGUUGCUAUUAUAGUUAAUUGGUUAUCAAUGUUUUUUAUAAUCAUGACAUUUAUUCCACUUUUUUAUGCUGUUGGUGCAUUAUUAUUUCUAUUUUAUGCAGCAAUGAGUUGUAUGUUUUGGUUACUUGCUUUUCUUGUUAUACCUGAAACACGGCGGAAAACACCAGAGAAUGUACAAAUUCUUGUUGCUAAAGGAACUGUUUACAAAUCAAAACAUCAACAAUAA